AUGGUCGCUGUUGGAACUCCUUUGCCUAAAGUUACCCUCUGGGAAGACAAGCCCGGUCAAAAUGUUGAAUUGCCAUCUCAGGGCAAGAUCAUCGUUGUCGGUGUACCUGGUGCAUUCACUCCUCCUUGCUCUUCUCACGUCCCUGGAUACGUCGCCAACGAAAAGGCUUUUGAAGCUAAGGGUGUCGCUGGCGUUUACGUUGUUGCUGUCAAUGACGUUUUCUGCACUGCUGCCUGGAAGAAGACUUUUGAAGGCGGUGAACAAAGCAAGGUCCACUUCCUUGCUGACUGGAACGGUCAAUUCACCAAGGGCUUUGAUGCCUCUUUUGAUGCUAGCGGACUCUUAGGUCCUCUCCGCUCCCAGCGUUAUGCCGCUGUUGUCGAGGAUGGCAAAGUCACCAAGGCUUUUGUUGAAGACGAAGUCACUAAUGUCAGCGUUACUGCUGCCGACAACGUCCUCAAGUCUCUUUAA